UUCCUCUCUCGUCCUUCUCUUUCCUCUCGCCAGUCGCCACUCUCUUUCUCUCGUUGUUUUCCAACAGUAAGAAUGGCGUCAGCUUCCAAGCAAAACCCUUCUUCUUCCAAACCUCCUAGGCAUCCAUCUCCGAUCACUGCUUCCAUCCCCUCUAAAUCCGGUGUAUCUGAAGAAUCCCAAUUUCGAAACCCUAAUAACCCUUCGACGUCGUCGAAUUCACCGAUUUCGAUGGCUGUGGAGGAUCAGAUCCUGGGAAGUUCCAGCCACAUCACACGCCCUGAGCUUCUCCGACGCAGAUCGCACAACAUGAAGCAGCUCGCUAGAUGCUACAGAGACCAUUACUGGGCUCUAAUGGAAGAUCUCAAGGCGCAACAUAGAUAUUAUAGCUGGAACUAUGGUGUUAGUCCUUUCAAAGAUGAGAAUCAUCAGCAAAACAAGAGACGUAAGGUAGAAGGACAGACUGGGGAUGAAAUUGAAGGUAGCGGAGACAAUGACAACGAUGGCGUUAAGGCUGGUAACUGUGUGACUUGUGGUAAUGGAUGCAAAUCCAAGGCCAUGGCACUCACCAAUUACUGCCAGCUUCAUAUUCUCAUGGAUAAAAAGCAGAAGCUUUACACUUCUUGUACUUACGUCAACAAAAGAGCUCAGUCAAAAGCAAUAACGUGUCCAAAACCAACACUUGCAUCGACUGUUCCUGCUCUGUGUAAUGUGCACUUCCAGAAAGCCCAAAAGGAUGUUGCUCGAGCUUUAAAGGAUGCUGGUCAUAAUGUUUCUUCAGCAAGCAAGCCUCCCCCGAAACUCCAUGACAUAGUAGCCGCAUUUGUGCAUCAUAUUCAAGCGAAAAGAAAAGAUCCACGAAAAGAGGGCAAAUUGAAAAGCUUAGUAAAAGAAGAAAUUACAAGCUAAAUCAAACAGAGUGAGCAGAAGCUGUUUGUUUCCACAUUUGUGCAAAAAAGGAAGGUAAGAUAACUGGCUUUCUAUCAUCACAAAUGAUAAAGACAGGUAGCUGAUCCUGUUUGACUGGUGAUAGAUAGGGUAGUCAUCUAUGCCUAGUAAUGAAGAAAGUUUAUCUUUUAUAAAUGUAGUAGAUCUUGGUCACACAGAAUGUCUUAGUAGAAUUUUCUUUUUCGUUGUUAAGCUUAGCAAAGCAAUGAUGCUUUUAGAAUGACUAGCUUCUAAGAUGUGUCUCGUGGUUUACGUUCUAUUUUUAAUGGAUGGAGCUAACAGUCAUUUCCAAUAAGAGUAGACUUUGAUUCCAACAUACAACAGGUUGUGUGAUCUUUUGUAUUUGUCUAUGGUUGUCUUGUUGAAUGAAGAAAGCCACGUUUAUAAUAUAUAGGUCUGAAAUCU